CGGGCGGCGGCGGCGGCGGCUCUGCCGAGGCGACAAUGUGCUAGGAGCCCUGCUCGGUCUCCGGCGCCUCCUCGGCCUGGGCGCCCGCGGAGCCCUCGAGCCCGCCGCCGCGCUAUGAGGGCGCCUCCCCGGGGCUGGCCGAGGCCGGAGCCGGCUCCUGCUGCUCCCCGGGAAGAGUGACAAGAGAGGCGCGGACUCCAGGUGAGCGCGGGUUCCUUGCGCCCCGCACUCGGUGCGCCCGGCCGGCGCCUGCCGGGCUGGGUCGCAGGCUGAAUUCCUUGCGUGGACAGCCGUCCCCUCUUCGCGGGAUCCUUGGCCACGACAGCAGAUGUAUUUUGUAGGAGUAUUUUGAGGAUGAAUGUUUGCAAAUCAUUUUGAAAUUGCCAAGCGCCAUAUACAUGGGAUGCAUUCUGCAUUUAUCCUGGAGUUCACCCCUGUGGCGUGGAUUUAUCAAAGCAGCGUCUGUCUUCAAUCUUUGUGUUAACUAGAAACCCAGGGAAGACAUGAGGAGAUUUGUUUACUGUAAGGUGGUUCUAGCCACUUCACUGAUGUGGGUCCUUGUCGAUGUCUUCUUACUCCUGUACUUCAGUGAAUGUAACAAAUGUGACGACAAGAAGGAGAGAUCCCUGCUCCCUGCACUCAGGGCUGUUAUUUCAAGAAACCAAGAAGGUCCAGGAGAAAUGGGAAAAGCUGUGCUGAUUCCUAAAGAUGACCAGGAAAAAAUGAAAGAACUGUUUAAAAUCAAUCAGUUUAACCUUAUGGCCAGUGAUCUGAUUGCCCUUAACAGAAGUCUCCCGGAUGUAAGAUUAGAAGGAUGCAAGACAAAGGUCUACCCCGAUGAACUUCCAAACACAAGUGUAGUCAUUGUGUUUCAUAAUGAAGCUUGGAGCACUCUCCUUAGAACUGUUUACAGUGUUAUAAAUCGUUCCCCACGCUCUCUGCUCUCUGAGGUCAUCUUGGUAGAUGAUGCCAGUGAAAGAGAUUUUCUCAAGUUGACAUUAGAGAAUUACGUGCAAAAUUUAGAAGUGCCGGUAAAAAUCAUUAGAAUGGAAGAGCGCUCUGGGUUAAUACGCGCCCGCCUUCGAGGAGCAGCUGCUUCAAAAGGGCAGGUCAUAACAUUUCUUGACGCACACUGUGAAUGCACAUUAGGAUGGCUGGAGCCCUUGUUGGCAAGAAUAAAGGAAGACAGUAAAACAGUCGUGUGCCCCAUCAUUGAUGUGAUUAGUGAUGAUACCUUUGAAUAUAUGGCUGGGUCAGACAUGACUUAUGGGGGUUUUAAUUGGAAACUGAAUUUUCGUUGGUAUCCUGUUCCCCAAAGAGAAAUGGAUAGAAGGAAAGGAGACAGAACGUUACCUGUCAGGACCCCUACUAUGGCUGGUGGCCUAUUUUCUAUUGACAGAAACUACUUUGAAGAGAUAGGAACUUACGAUGCAGGAAUGGAUAUCUGGGGUGGAGAGAAUCUUGAAAUGUCUUUUAGGAUUUGGCAAUGUGGAGGCUCACUGGAGAUUGUGACUUGCUCCCACGUGGGUCAUGUUUUUCGGAAGGCAACUCCAUACACUUUCCCAGGUGGCACUGGUCAUGUCAUUAACAAAAAUAACAGAAGACUGGCAGAAGUUUGGAUGGAUGAAUUUAAAGAUUUCUUCUAUAUCAUAUCCCCAGGUGUUGUCAAAGUGGAUUAUGGAGAUGUGUCAGUCAGAAAAACACUAAGAGAAAAUCUGAAGUGUAAGCCUUUUUCUUGGUACCUUGAAAACAUCUAUCCGGACUCCCAGAUCCCAAGACGUUAUUACUCACUUGGUGAGAUAAGAAAUGUCGAAACCAAUCAAUGUUUAGACAACAUGGGCCGCAAGGAAAAUGAAAAAGUGGGUAUAUUCAACUGUCAUGGUAUGGGAGGAAAUCAGGUUUUUUCUUACACUGCUGACAAAGAAAUCCGAACCGAUGACUUAUGCAUGGAUGUUUCAAGACUCAGUGGACCUGUAAUCAUGCUGAAAUGCCACCACAUGAGAGGGAAUCAGUUAUGGGAAUAUGAUGCUGAGAGACUCACUUUGAGACAUGUUAACAGUAACCAGUGUCUUGAUGAACCUUCUGAAGAGGACAAAAUGGUGCCUUCCAUGCAGGACUGCAGUGGAAGCAGAUCCCAGCAAUGGCUCCUAAGGAACAUGACCUUGGGGGCGUGACGGCCAUUUCCACCCAGCCAUGAAAGUGUCUACACUUUUGUUUUUCCAUUAUUUCAAUUAGGGGAAAGUAUUAACUUCGCUGAAUUGAAAGUUUAAAAAUCCUUUUAGUAUUCUGAAAAACAUGGUUGUUUAUAAUUCAUUUUUAGGAAUGUUUGCUUAUUUCCCUACUAAAAUUUGUAUCAGAUCAAAGAAGCACAUAAAAAAAUAUAAAUAACAGCAAACAUAUUAAACAUUGGAACAAUUUGAAAAAUAAAUUGUGUUUGCUUUAAAAAAAAACCUUUCUUGCCCUCAUCUCACAGAAAUUAAUCAGGGGCUAUUUUAAUUUUUUCUUGUCGCGGUGAUUGAAAAGAAAGACAAUCUAAAUGCCUUAUACGAUGUAGCUUCCUUACAAAAUAUUAUCAUUUUAAAAACUCACUCUGUUUCUACUGGACCUUCAUGGAAACAUGUUGAAUUUCUAUGUCAACAACAAGGCCACAUAUUGAAUUAUUUUGGAGCAGUGAAUUCAUCAUACAAAGUACGCUUCAAGUUUUUAAGAAAAAAAGUAAAUUGGAUAUUGACUUCUCAUAGGGUCUUAUAAAAGCAACACAUUUAAACAAAAAAAAAAGAGUAGGAGAGUUUGAAAAUUCAAUUUAAAGUACUUGAAAUUAGAAGAAACUAGCUAGGCAUUGAUGGAGGCAAGAUGAAGGUGAACUGCAACAAUUAAAUCAUUCUAAAAGAUACUCUGUUCUAGUUGCAAUCAUUAAUGAUGCAAGUGGAAUAUAACAGUCAUCUUGGUCCCAGAGUUGAUGUAGGAAACUCAAUUAUUAACCACUGGAUUUAUCUCACAUAAACUAUACUUACCUUUCCACUCUAGAGACUGUGACUUGUCCGUUAUACUCUACAGAAUUGUAGGUGAAGGGUAGAGUAUUAGCCCUAAUUUUUAGUUAUUUUGUAUUUAAGGUCACUGUUGCCAUUUCAAUUUUCUAUUAAGAAUAAUGCUUUACUGUCAGAGUCUUAUUGCUAUACUAUAAUAUCUAAAGUUUUCAUCAUCAGGGGAAUGAAUUCAAUACACACUCAUGAAGCCUUUCAUUAAACUGCUUAAUAUCAUUAGUCAUAAAUUACGACUCAAGAAACAAUCAUAAUUAGGCUAGUUUCAUAUGUUCUUUAUCCAUCAAAAACCUCUGUGUUCAAAAUAUAUGAGCAGAAUCAUGAAAAGGAAGAAAACCUUAUCAGUGACAUGCGCUAAUAAGUUUUAGCAUUUGACACCAUUUAAAAUGCCCAUAAAAUUGCUCUACAAAUGUAUCUUAUUCAUUGUACGUGCACUCAGCGAAGAGAGGUUUGGGGGUAAAAAAAUGGAAGAAACAUCUUCAGAAGCAGAAGAUGCCAUGCCUUUGGCCCUCAUCUUUUCUCAAAAAUCUGAAAGAAAAUUUUAUUCCGUUUGGCUACACACAAACUCUGUUUCUCUUUUUGUCUGUCUCUCUUUGCCUCUCGGCUACUCUCUCGUUCUCUUCCCAUUUCUCCCUCCCUUCCUUCCAUCUCUCUCUCUCCCUCUCCCUCCAUUGUCUCUCUCUCUCUCUCUUUCUCUCUCUCACACACACAUCACACUCAUUCACAAUGAAAAAGACACUUCCUGAAGGCCAGUGAAGUCUUGUGUGAUUUUCCCAGCCAUCAUUCCUUCCUCUUCAGAAUGUGUACUGGUACAAUUCUGAGGAAGGUUUCUGUAACCUGGAGCAUUUCAGAUGUACUCCUUAAAGUAGAGAUAAACCCCACCUCCUUGAGGUCUUUGGAUUCCUUGAAUCUCCUAAAAUUGUAAACAAAAGUUUGCAUUUAGCCAUUUUUUUCUGAGAAAAGAUUCAAUAGCUUCCAGUGAACUUCAAAGGAAUCUGUGAUUCCCCAAGGCCUAGUGAACCACUGCCUUAAAGUGAGCCAACUGAGGCCAGAUUUAACAGUUUCCAUUUUCACUCUCUUUUUCUUCCUUCUUUUACUUUUGUCCUAAAAUACUGUGAAGUCUCCCUGCACAGGACUCUUCUUUAACCUUAAAAAGCUUGAACACCCAAGGACAUUUAUACUAUCCAGUCCACUUAUGGAUUUGUCGAUCAAUAUGCUUAUGUUAUCUAGAAAAUGGUCAAUGACACAGUUUUAAGAAUACAACUACUCCAAUAAACUGAAUUUGACACAUUUCAGAAUCAUUUGAAAUAUUUAAAAGUUCAUUAUGGUCACUGAAAAAAUAAGAAAAAUUAAAAAUGCAUACAUUUCAUGCCAAAGAAGAAAUUUUCAAAGAAUCCUCAGAUGGUUAGAACUUAAGCUAUUAGAGGGUCAAACAAACAAAAAAAUGACAUAAAAUAUAAAAUACCAAUACCCAGAAAGCAAUGACUAACACUCAUUAAAAAAAAUUAUUAUUUUCAGUAAAGGAAAUUAAAAAUGAUAAUUGGGUUCACAAUGCAUUCCU